AUGGCUUCUGCUUCUGCCUCUGACACUCUCCCCCCGCGCCGGGGCCGGCUCAAAGGCGGAGAAAGGCGCCACGCUACCCAUCCCCGCCCUCCUCGCCCCCACGCCGCGAUUCAGGACAAGUCCGGAGUCCCCGCCCCUGGCGGGGUCGGACUCGGGGGCUCUGAGGGCGGCCCGGCCAGGCCCACCUCUAUCCCUUCCUCUUUCGUUUCCCACGCGGCGUUCGAGGAAGGGGCCGGGCGGCCUGGCAUCCCCGCGCCAGUCUCCACCGAGGGGGACGCCGGGAGGGGCGGUGACUCCAAGCGCGCCCCCAGUCGCCCCACGCACCGGUCGGCCUGGGGGCUGAGCCCCUGCCCCUACCCUCGCACGUGGGCAGCGCUGAGUCUGCGCCGCGGCCCCUCCCCAGCGGCUGUCAAUCCCCGGGAGUCGCCACGGCCCCCGCCGCCCGCGCGGACCGCCCAGCGCCCACCUCCGCCGAGGGUGGACGGAUGCGCUCCCCGCCACGGGGAACUCGAGUCCGACGCCUCUCCACCCCAAGCAGUCAAACACACACCUCGGCUGGGACGCGGCGCUCCGAGAGGCUUCCAGCCCGGAUCCCGCUGGGCGGCGCCGCCUCCGCCCGCCCCCACUCCGAGCCCCAGCCGGCCGCGCGGGACUCGCGCCUUACGUAAGCCAGGGAGACCGGCUCCGCGCGAGCUGUCGGCCGGCGCCCCCUCCCCUUCCCGCCGCUCGGCUCCCACCCCGCCCUCCCAGCCCACGUGCUCCCCACCACCCUGCGGGGGGCGGCAGGACUCAGACCCACCUCUUGCACUCGCCCGGGGACCCCGUUUACUGUCAAGGGGAAGGAAAAAUACAACUUGUUGA